AGCAACUGGCACUCUUUGUUUUUCAAAGGUGGCUCUUGUUUCCCAUUGGCUGAGUUCAAGUCUGUGUGUUUGGGCAAUAUCGUUCAUUGAAUACACAAUUACAUACCUCCAACUGACUAGUUCCACCUGCUAGCCACCAUCAACCAAAUGACAGUUUAUUUUAUCCUUUGUUUUUAUUAAAACCCUUUAAUUUCAACUGCCACACACUCAACCAUAAUGUCCUUCAACUAGAUUUCUGCUUUAUACCAAUGGAUAAUACAGAUGGUAAAAAUAUAAAAAAGAGCAAUACUUCAAAAGAGAGGAUAAAUAUUGAAAAUGUGUUGAUCACUUGCUAUUGACACACACACACACACGCAUUGACAGUUUUUUCGCGCGCAGUCAUAUGUCAAUUUUCGAUGUGAAAAGCUGUGAAGAAAAUAUAUACUGAUUUCGGAAUUAAUGAAUAUCUGCCUCUCACAUCAUUGUUCGUUUUGAACACUAUGGAGAAAUGCCAGCUGUUCGUUGUUUAAGUCAUAUAUAUCAUCCAAAUAUUGAAGAUUAUGACAUUGGUGGAGGUGUUUGUUUAAAUCUAUUUCAUAAUUGGAAUAUUGAGAUGGGUUUAAAAGCCAUCAUUGAUGGUUUAUUAUUUCUAUUCUCCGAACCAAAUGAAGAGGAUCCAAUCAAUGAACGGUUUAUUAUUCCGCCUGGAUAUACAUUCGAAGACGCAGUCAUCGAAUCAUUGCAAGGCGGUAGCUACCUUCAUUAUUCAGGUCCACCAAAUAGACCAUGGUGUAAAUGGUAUGAGGAACAGAUGAAAAAUAAACGAAAGCCGAUCAAUAUUCCAAUGGAAACAAAUAAAAUGUGUGAAAAUAUAAAAGAAAAUAUUGAUGAUCAUUAUGAGCACAACCAUCAUCAUCAACAUCAGCAGCAACAGCAUUAUCCUGGUAAACUUGGAUUCUUGAACAAUCAGGAUGAAUACGAUUCAACAUCAGAUAAACAAAAAAUAUGUAACAUCGUUGAAGAAAUUGAUACUUCUUUAACAUCAUCUUUCAUCCCACCAUCAUCCUCGUCAUCAUUGUCGUCAGCUGUGUCAUUGCCGCAUGCAGAAAAAAACCCAACACAUCAAUCCAAUCUAUUCAACACUAGACAAUUAAGUAAUCACCAGUGCUUUUCUACAAUCAAUUGGAAAGAAGUCACAAUCAUUUCUGUUGAUAUAGAUGAUUUUACAGAAAUUACAUAUCACUUUAUAGAGACAUGUAAUUUUGAAUGGAAUAAACACUGUGAACAAGUAUACUAUGGGCAUUUGAAUAUUGGAAUACCAGAUAUAUUUACUACAGAGAUAUACCAGAAAUCUAUCUAUCAAUCAUUAAGUUUAAAAACUGAAUAUACCAAAAGUAUACAAAAUAAUGUGGAUAAACAAUUUGAUCAUUUCCAUAGCAAUAAUGAAGGCAAUGGCGGCUCAGUUAUUUCAACAAUUAGUAAAGCAAUUUUCACUAGUGAAUCUAUGUAUGCGAGAUCCAUCGUACCAAUGAAAUGGAUAUAUUAUACAACAAGAUGGUCUAAUUAUCUUCUUCCUGGAAGGCAAUUGACUGAAAAUUUUCUAAAACCUAACUGGGCAUCACCAUAUCGACGUGCUUCAUCAAAGCAACUGUUUGAAGACUUACAUCGUUAUAUAUUGAGUGUUGAGUGGCCUCAUGCAAGUCAAAUAUUUAUACUUGAUCCACUUGCGUUAUCCCCAUUUUCACCGAUAGCUCUUCGCAUUAUCUGUGAUCAUAAUGAACCUCAGGCUGAGAAAUGGAUUUAUGUCUACGAAUGGUUGUCACCAUGGUAUUCAGUUAACAAGUUUACAAUCAAUCAAAAUCGAAAGAGAUAUCCAGGUAUUGCAGUCAUAUGUUGGUUAGCAUAUAUCACAAACUGGAUCAAUUAUUUAUCACGAUAUGAAAUCAAUUAUACACAACUUGGUUAUUCACGUCCUGGGACUACAAUAUUUUCACGAGCAUGGAGAUUCACAGAACCAAUCGGUACAUGUUAUAUUUUUUCACAUUCAUUAACUUGUGGCCAAAUAGCUAUAUUUGAUGGAUGGAUUUUAUGGCUUAGUGGUUUAGUUAUGCAACAAAUUACUUAUAUCUCUUUGAAAUUACUAGAUUAUAUUAAUAAGAAAUACAGAAAGUAUACACCUCCAUGUCGUUUAUCUUCAACUAAAGAUCCACUAAAAGGCUGUACUACAUCUAUGUACGUGUUCACUGAUGUUGAUGAGAUUUAAAGUGUAUCAAGUUUAUUUUAUUUAUUUAUUUUUACCUUAAUAAUGUAAAGCGAACGAAAACAACUUACUCAAGAUAUUAUUUUGAUUUUAAUAUUUCAGAUUAAAUAUUUUAUUUGUCAUAAAAAAA